AUGAAGCGGACUGUAGACUGCCACAAUGGCCGCGAUUGUCGCUGCGCCCAAAAAAAAAAGAGAAUAAGGGUGGGCAACGGAUCCGUGGUGAACAAGUCCGCAAACUCCACAACAACUAAGAAGCCUCCGGAGCAGCAUCAAACAAAAGCCAAGAGCGAGACGGUUUCUGAGUGCACAGAGAAGAUUCCUAAGAGCGUCGUCGCUGCAAUAGUCGUGGAGCGGCGUCGUCAUAGCGGAGUAUUCCUAUCACGCAACAUGGACGAUUCCAUACAGCUGCUCACUCCGAACAUGGCCACUGGAGGGGUCGCAGCCGACUACGAAGAGGAGCAACGGUUCCGUGCAGAUUUGCGCGGAGAGUCGUGCGAAUUUCGCAGCUGGUCUCCCUACCAUUCCACUCUGGCCGCCGCUGUCAUGAGCGGACUGCCUGAGCUAUACCUGAAGAGUGGCUCUAAGGUGCUGUACCUUGGGACUGGCUGA